CGCAGAUCACGAACGCUUCAGUUACAAUAACAGUUUAAUUAAUCCCCUUUGACAAUCACUGGAUUUUUUCAAAUCGCCACCUCGGCUGUGUUGUGUGUGUGAGUGUUUAUGGCUAAUUAGUGUUUAAGAUGGCGUAACUAACAUCAACGAUGGCAGCGGUCUCCUCCGCGCACAUCCACGACCAGAUGAAGAUCCAGGACAGCGACGACGACCACGAGCCCUACUCCCCCAACCGCGACGCCUGCUCCGACUACCAGGAGGAUGACAAGCAGGAGGACAAGCUAAUACACUCGUCCCCCUUCUCCAUACACAACGUGCUAAAGAAAGAGAGGGACAGCAAUAGCCCCGAUAAUGUUUUCUCAACUGACAAACUAUUGCAGAACACGCCCAACUUCGAGGACGCUUCCAGACACUCGGAGAGCGUCAGCCCCAGGCUGGACGACGAGACGACCGAAAGAGCGGACGUCAGCGUCGACGACAACUCCUGCUGCAGCGACGACACGGUACUGUCGGUCGGUAACGAGGCCCCGCUGUCGUUCCAGAGCGACAAAAGCAAUGAAUCGAAUCAGAGCCUCACGUCGUUUAAGCACAUUCAGACGCACCUGAAUGCGAUAUCCCAGCUCAGUCAAAAUUUAAAUAUGAAUCAGCCGAUCCUCCUCCGGCCGAAUCCGAUUACCCCGAGUCCUCUUAUGUUUUUGAAUCAGCCGAUCAUUUUUCAAAAUCCCCUCAUGAAUCAGGUCGACUUGAAAUCUGGAUUACCUCGAAUGGCACUGCCGCAGAAUAACAUCAACCAAAUCGGUAUGAAUUACGCGCUGCGGAAAGAGGGGUGGAGAGGAGAGAGAGACGAGAAUAGGAGAAAUCAAAACUACCCACCGAGAUCACCGGAGAACGAGUCGGAGAGAGACUUCAUAAAUCAAAGUUGCCUAAAGUUUAGUAUAGACAAUAUUUUAAAAGCCGACUUCGGCAGGCGGAUUACGGAUCCUCUUAUGAAACGUAAGAGUCUAAAGUCCAGGCAGUUCGAAGCGAAGUCGGCUCCUGUAAAGGAAGUGCCAGUUCCGAGUAAGGAUUUAGAGGCUAGGGUACCUGAGAUAAAGCCGAGCGACAAGGGAGCUAUCGACCUAUCGAAAUCGGACGAUAGUGGAAGCAAUCAGUCAUCGACAGCAGGAGCGACGGGCGGCGACGGGCCGAUGGUGUGGCCGGCGUGGGUGUACUGCACCAGGUACAGCGACCGACCCAGUUCUGGAAGAAGUCCUCGCACGCGGCGGCCCAAGAAGCCCCCCGGAGACACGGGGCCCACUGACGAGAAGAGACCCAGGACAGCCUUCUCCGGACCACAGCUUGCUAGGUUAAAGCAUGAGUUCGCGGAGAACCGCUACCUGACGGAGCGGCGGCGGCAGGCGCUGGCGGCCGAGCUGGGCCUGGCCGAGGCCCAGAUCAAGAUCUGGUUCCAGAACAAACGCGCCAAGAUCAAGAAGGCCUCGGGACAGAGGAACCCCCUGGCCUUGCAGCUCAUGGCCCAGGGCCUCUACAACCACAGUACAAUACCCCUGACUAAGGAGGAGGAGGAACUAGAGAUGAAGGCCAGAGAGAGAGAGCAACAGAUACGACAGUAAAUGUAGAUCUAGAAACAAAAUAGAUGGGAAAUAAUUUAGCUACAAAACUUGUGCAAUGUCCUGAGCCUUCAUGUGGUAGAGUGUAUAAAUGUCAUAGCAGAAAUAAUCUUAUUCUUGUCAAUAAAACUCUCACAGGAACCAAUUACGAUACGAUACAAACUCGAAACCUAAUUCGACUCGAUCUCAUUUCCACGUAAAGUCGAUAC